UACAGUGUACCCGAUGGAUCGGGCCCGAUAGAUUGGGUAGUGUAAUAGGCGCCUUAUACAGGCUAUUUUGUCUAUGACGGCAUUUACAGAAUCUAUGUCAUUUAUUCAUGUUGGCAACAUUAUGUAGUACAAAGCAAAAGCGAGUUGUGUCAAGAAAUUGUGCUUUUUCUUCGUAAAUUAUUCUCAUCAAAGUAUAAUAAAAUGUAAUUUAUACCUUGAAGAGAAUCUCUAUAAAAUAGUUGCGGAAAUGGCAAAGAAGUCUGAUAAUACUGGUGGAAAGCUGGUGACUGUCUCUAUUGUGGGGCUUUCUGGUACUGAAAAAGAAAAAGGACAGCUAGGUGUUGGUAAAUCAUGUUUGUGCAACAGAUUUGUUCGUACCCAUGCUGAUGAUUAUAAUGUUGAUCACAUAUCUGUUCUGAGUCAGUCUGACUUUAGCGGCCGUGUGGUGAACAAUGAUCAUUUCCUUUACUGGGGCAGCGUGUCCAAAGAGAAUGAUGAUCAAGAGUACAGAUUUGAAGUCGUGGAGCAGACUGAGUUCGUUGAUGACGCAUGCUUCCAACCAUUCAAAGUUGGCAAAACUGAAGCGUACGUGAAACGAUGCGUUGCUACCAAACUUCAAUCUGCGGAGAAGCUAAUGUAUGUUUGUAAGAACCAACUCGGCAUAGAGAAGGAGUAUGAACAAAAACUCAUGCCUGAUGGAAAGCUUAGCAUCGACGGAUUCCUUUGCGUGUAUGACGUUAGUCUCGUGCCGGGACGCAGCUGGGAGAAACAGAACGAAAGCCUGGCUGCAAUCUUACAAAAUAUAAUAAAGUUAAAGAAGCCUGUAGUCUUAGUUACAUCUAAAAAUGACGAGGCGUGCGAACAAGGCGUCCGCGAGGCAGAACGGUUGGUGCAACGCAAGGAGUUCAAAGGUUCAAUACCCAUAGUAGAGACGUCCAGCCACGAUAAUGUCAAUGUCGAUCAAGCGUUCUUACUACUCGCUCAAAUGGUCGACAAAUCUAAGGCUAGAAUUAAGGUUGCAAAUUAUGCAGAAGCUUUAAGAAUAAGGAGGGAAAAUCUCGAUUUUGUUACGGAAGCCUUCACUCAACUCAUUCGAAUACACAUUCAAGAUCACAAGGAAAUGUGGUCUGCAGCUAGUAAAAGAUUGUGCCAUUACCCAGAAUGGGUUAAGUUUGUUCAGCAAUUUGGAAACGACGGAACGCAGGUCGUAUACCGUCGCCAUAUUAGAAGACUGAAAGAGGAACGUUCGGCUAAGAAACUUCGUAAGCAAUUAGCUAAGCUACCUCAAGUUCUAUCGAGAAUGCAGCUACCGACUGAAGAUUUGCAGGAGAGCGAUUGGCCAAUGGUGGUGCGGCAGCUUCGCUCGCACCGAGACUUCUCUGUUUACUUCAGCGAGGGCAGAGCACCCGACUCUGGCUCCGAUACCGGCUCAGACCUGGAGAGCCCCCUCGCUACUGAUACAACCUUACGGGUCGGGGAACGGGCGCGAUACCAGACAUUGGGACAAUCACAAAAGAUACCAUACGAAAUUCUGGAAACGAAUGAAGCGGCGAUCGUGUUCAAAACGUACUUGCACGAAGCUCAAGAGGAACAAAGAAAUUACGAAUGGUGUCAACAGUUCAAACGGUUACUAGAAGAGACUGGUUACGUUACGCCAGGCAAACAGUUGUCCGAGGUUCGAGUCCUGCUUAUGGGACGGGAAUGUUACGAAGCUCUAUCCGACGAUCAACAGCAACGCGUUUACGAUCAACAUCAGAGACAGAUACAGAGACGGGCUAAACAUAACCUCCAGGAGUUACUGUUGGAACACGCAGAUCUCUUCUAUCAUUUCAAAAGCAUAUCACCUACGGGCACUAUCACUCAAGAAGAUAUCAAAGAGAUAACAGAUGUACUACAAGAUGAUUUCAGAUAUAAAAUGCUUGAUCGUAUGGAGCAAGAUAGGAAACUGAUGCUGUUUCAACAUUUGGGCUUUGUUCAUUGCCCAAUGAGGGAGCACUGUCCGGCCGGUUCCAACUGUUUAGAUGCUACCCUACCCGUCAUACUUAACACUAGAGUAGGAUCUCUGACGUCAUCGAGCGAGUCUCAAUGUCACGCGGGCCCUCCGGCAGCUCCGUGGGCGCUGACCACAGAUUCUAAUCAAAUAAAUGUCAUCAUUUUGGGUGUGGAUGGUGUUGCGGGCGAGUUCGGUAAACGUUUAUUAGCGGGCUGCGACUCUGAACGUCGGGUUUCAGUCCAAGGGCAGACGUGGCGGAUAGAACAACGAGUGAGAACUGACGACUUCACUACUGAAACUACUAGUAUAGACGACUUUGCACCUAACGGCUAUUUCUGCGUAUUUCAAGACCAAGAAUCUUUUGAGUACAUCAGAGGCUGUGCUGAGAAGACUUUACUCUCUAGUCUAGAGCAAGAGGAUAAAUUACCUUUCCAGGGUCUACCGUUGGUUGUGAUGUUUGUUCAAGACGAGGGCAUGGACAAAAAAGAAUUAGCGAGACUCCAGGAGGAAGGGCAGAACCUAGCCGACAAUUUACAUUGUUCGUAUAUGGAGGCUUCGGUGAACGAGUUAGGUACUGAAGCUUUGACGUCGGACGCAAUACAAGAGUUGAUUAGAGCUAACAGGGACAAGGCUAGCUACGCACACUUGUAUAGAGAUCUCAUUGUAUGCUUCGAUUCUGAUAUACGGAUAAUGGUGUGUAUGUUCUGCGAUGAUCCGUACUCGCCAGAGCGAGUUUUGAGUCCGCUGUUACUUCACAAGGCCUGUUUUCUUACUGGGGAUCGGUCUAUAGUAAUAGAGACCUUCUUAGGUGAUUCCAAGAGAAAAGUUGAGGUGAUCAUAUCGAGUUUUCACGGAGCGACACAGUUCAGGGAGGAGUUGAUACACGGUUUCAUACUUAUUUAUUCAGCGAAGAGGAAGGCCAGCCUGGCGACUUUGAAUGCGUUUUCCAUGAACAUACCAAAUCUUCCCAUACAAAUGGUCGCGGUGACGGACGGCGGCGGUUCCGCAGCGAGCGCUUUCUUCGGCACAGACGUAGGGCACGCGCUCAUUACUGAAGGGAACGCUACAGCUGAUAGGCUCGCCGCACACUUCACAACUUACACGUCUAGCGCCGAGAACAAGUCGGCAUUCUACACGCCGUUCUUCAAGGAGGUGUGGGAGCGCAAGGGCGAGAUCGAGCGCGCUUUCCGUAUGGAGCAGCCGCCGCACAAUUUACCCGACGUGGCUGCCGCUAGACCGCCGCCCCCACCACGGAACCACUCCUACCACAACCACAAGAUGGAACACAAAUUGACCAACUCAUUGGACCUUCUAAUCGGACCCGAUUCGCGCGCUGAUAUCGACUCCGAAUAUAGCGACACUAUGAACAAUAAGAACAGGGGCUUCCUGAAAGGUUUUAGUGUUUAUCCACCACCGAGUACUCCACCGGAGCCAGCGCCGCCUGAUCACAGAAUGCAUGAUCUCUCGCACGGCGGUGGAUUAUGGCAACCACCCAGCUAUGGGCAUCGGGCGUUCACGACGGGAAGGACGCGUCCACAUCCGCCGCCGCAACGACCGAGACAUUCGCAGACUUUGAAGCAACCCGGCAAAUUAGAUAUGAAUAACUAUACAAUGGUCAGUGACGCGUUACAGCAUAUCACAAUAGGUCCUGCACACACCAAAGAAAGAAAGAUAAAGGAACCCAACGAAUAUAUGGAAGCACCGUCGAUGAUGAGAUUGAGAAGACAUCGGAGGCAUGAAAAAACACCUCUACAUCAACCUUCCUUCUCAGAGACUGACAGUUCCGGAUCUAGCGAGGCUUCGGGCGCGGGCGCGAGAUCGCACGCGCGUCGUAGACACAACACUCAUCACGCGCCCAGACAUUACAAGAAGAGGUCAUUAGGUAACUUGGUAGCGGUACAGAGUCCUCGGGUGCCCAAAUUGGGAAUGUUCGUGGGCCCACCGGAACUGCCCACCGGGUACAGAGCGAGAACGCAAGAGGAUAAGGCAGCUAGCGAAUCAAGUGAAGGCAGUUCCGAUGGCGAAACGAGGAGGCCUAGGCCUCUACCCUUGCCACCGCACCAUGAACCCGCACACAAGAUAUUGGGUGGUGAAUAUCCAUCGUCAGCGCAAGAGAACUCAUCGUCAAGUGCAGCAGAUACCAGGAGAAGAGGUCAUCCCUUCUCUAAAAACGAUAGGAGGCACAAGGAGUUUUCUAAAAGUAAAGAUUCUAAAAAGAACUCUUCACAAAUAUCAACGACUGCAUCGCCAGCGAAUUGGGGUCCUCAGGGACCACAUGGCGUACCUCUGUUUGUAGAAAAGUGUGUGGAAUUCAUAGAGCGUGAGGGAUUAGCGUCAGAAGGCUUGUACCGAGUGCCCGGAAACCGCGCGCAUGUAGACAUGCUCUAUAGCAAGUUCUACGAAGAUCCCAACGUGGACUUAGAUUCUUUAGAUAUCCCCGUGAACGCUGUAGCAACGGCGUUGAAAGAUUUCUUCUCGAAAAAACUGCCGCCUUUACUCGACGAGGCCAGUAUGGUGCAACUAGAGGAUAUCGCUGCGAUGCGAGGGUGUAUAGCGGGCGGUGUGGAACUGAAGGAUCGCAGUUGGCGGCUGUUAGCUCUACGCACGUUGCUCAACAACUCGCUCACUCCACUAGCGAGAGCUACUCUAGACUAUCUGUUGCAUCAUUUUGCCAGGGUAGCAGACAACGCGAAACUGAACUCUAUGGACAGCAAGAACCUGGCGAUAUGCUGGUGGCCGACAUUAUUGCCGGUUCAGUUCUCGGACAUGGGCCGGUUCGAGAUGACGCGGCCGUACCUCGAGGACAUCGUGCAGACGAUGAUCGAUCAGCACCCGUUCCUAUUCAGGGGCAAGGAAGCGUUCGUCAUGGUGUGAGGGUACGAUGAACCCACAAUGCAUGUUGCAUUCGUGAUGGACGACGUCUGACGUUAUCGUGGCGGUGACGUCACGCAAUAUGGCGGUUAGAGCGGGACCGCUUCCGAGUGAGAGGUAGAUACGCGUAGUGUGUAAGCUCCUAUGUACAUUGGUCGCGCGGUCGAAUAUCGUUUCUAUUGCUUGGUAAUAAGGAUGUGCACGCUAAUAUAGAGGAUGACGUCUCACGGGAAGUACGCAUUUCGGUUGUUUUAUAGUGGCUAAGGAACGGAAAGUUACGAUUUUUUAUAUUU